AUGGAACUUACUGAAAAUAUACUGAAAUGCGCCAUAUUUGACGAUGGAAGCUUUUUAUUAGAAGCAGCUUUUAAUUUAGGAAUAACUGAUGCGUCAGAAAAUGAAGAAGUAACGUUUGCCGGUAGCGUUAUCAAGACAUCUCCAGGUGACCUAAUAGAAGCUGAAAAUGCAAUUUGCAAACUCCUUGAAAGCAAUAUUUUGGGAAUCUUCGGUCCUACUAGUAAGCCCACUUUAAAUUAUGUCCAAACAAUCGCCGAUUACCUAGAACUACCUCAAAUUAUAACCGAUCCCGUGACCACACAAAAUAGAAAUUGGUCUGCAGUCAAUUUAUAUCCAAAUCACAUGGCGUAUUCAAAGGUAUUUGCAAACAUUAUAGAAAUGAAAGGUUGGACGGAUUUCACUAUAAUUUAUGAAGGCGCCGAACUUUUGCCGUUUUUUGAUAAUAUACUUAAUAUUGAAGACUUGGAUUCGAAAGAGCAUAUUGUAAUCAACGUUGUGCAACUGCCAAGCGGGGAUGAUUUUAGAUCACAAUUAAAGGUAAUAAAAGCGUCCGGUUCUGUCAACUACGUGAUUGGAUGUAGCAGAGAAACAUUGCCAAUACUGUUGCAACAAGCGCAACAAGUUGGUAUUAUGUCUGAUGACCACAGCUACAUUAUCAUGAACCCCGAUUUUCAAACUCUCGAUAUUGAUCCAUACAAACACGGAGGAUCGAAUAUAACUGGUAUACGGUUCUUUGACCCAACAAUGGAAGACAUACAAAAAUUCAUAUCUGCAAUAAAUGAGAAAGCAAAAGAAUUAUCGGAAAAUCAAAUAGAAACAGCCAUUGAAGGAAACAGUUUAAACUUUAAUUUAGCUUUAGUUUAUGACGCGGUUAUGUUAUACACAUCAGCUAUUAAAGCCAUGGGUUUGGAAGAAGGAGGCAAUAUCACUUGUGAAUCAGAUGAAACCUGGAGUUUUGGCUCUAGUGUAGUAAAUUAUAUAAGAACAAUGGAGCUAGAUGGCUUAACGGGAUUAAUCAAAUUUGAUGAAGAUGGUCUCAGAUCGGAAUUUGAAGUGGACGUUCUUGAAGUACAAUCACAUGGCUUUGAAAAGGUUGGUGCCUGGACUUUUGAUGGAUUCACGGAAAUGCGAAAGAGCAUACCUCCAGUUGAACAAGAAGGUUCUGACUCAAUGAAAGGAAAGCAUUUUAUUGUCCUUACAGCAUUGAGUAAGCCGUAUGGAAUGUUAAAAGAAUCGCCAAAAAAAUUGGAAGGAAACGAUCGAUACGAAGGUUUUGGAAUUGAAAUUAUCGAAGAACUGGCUAAAAUGAAUGAAUUUAACUUUACUUUCGAGAUUCAAGAAGACGGUGUUUAUGGUUCAUAUGACGCUAAAGCUAAGAAGUGGACUGGUAUGAUGGAAAAAGUUAUGGAUGGUAGAGCGGAUUUUGCUAUAACCGAUUUGACAAUAACUUCGCAGCGCCAGAGGGCUGUUGAUUUCACCAGUCCCUUUAUGAACUUGGGUAUAACGAUCUUAUACAAAAAACCUACAAAGGAACCACCUAAUCUUUUUUCAUUCAUUUCCCCAUUUUCAUAUCAGGUUUGGGGUUGGCUUGCUGGUGCUUAUGUUGGAGUUUCAGUACUGCUUUUUUUCCUGGGAAGGUUUGCACCAGAAGAAUGGCAGAACCCUUAUCCCUGUAUAGCAGAGCCUGAAACACUGGACAAUCAAUUUACUUUAGCAAAUUCUUUUUGGUUUACUUUGGGUAGUGUUUUGACACAAGGAUCUGAAAUUGCUCCAAUAGCGGUUUCCACUCGUAUGGCUGGCAGUAUGUGGUGGUUCUUCACAUUAAUCAUGGUUUCUUCAUACACAGCUAAUUUAGCUGCAUUUUUGACUGUUGAAUCGAAAUUUUAUGCAAUUAAAAGUAUUUCAGAUCUAGCCAGUAACCCAUACAAUAUAGAAUACGGUGCGAAAUCUGGUGGCGCCACCUUUACUUUUUUUAAGGAAUCCGAUAACUUACUGUAUCAGAAAAUGUAUAAAUAUAUGGAAGAUCACCCCGAACUUAUGACACAGACUAAUGACAUUGGAUUAGAUUGGGUUAAAGAUGAAACCAAAAACUACGCUUUUUUGAUGGAAUCGACUUCAAUUGAAUAUAUGGUUGAAAGAAAUUGUGACGUUGCCCAAGUAGGAGGGCUUCUGGAUAGCAAAGGCUACGGCAUUGCCAUGAAGAAAAAUUCGCCCUAUCGACAACCAAUGAGCGAGUCGAUAUUACAAAUGCAAGAACAAGGUAAAAUUACUAGAAUGAAAGAUAAGUGGUGGAAAGAGAAGCGAGGAGGUGGUGCCUGUGCUGAUGACGAUGCAAGUAGCGCGGAGGCUCAGCCUCUGGUAUUAGCGAACGUGGGUGGAGUGUUCAUUGUCCUGGUGGCUGGUUCAGCGAUGGCUGUCGUUUGCGCUUUCUUCGAGAUGAUGGUUGAUGUUUGGAUAAUAGCUCGCAGGGAGAAGGUGUCUUUCAGAGAAGAGUUAAUAGCAGAGUUAAAGUUUAUAUUCAGCUUCAGUGGCGAUGUCAAGCCUGUGAGGCAUCGGGAGUCGACCGGAAGUGGUUCCAAAGGUUCAAAAAAGGAGAAUAUGUUAGACGAAGAGGAAUCACAAAAAAAUGGUGACCUAGAACCAGCACCAACACCGCAUUCAGAAAGAUCAAGUCAUUCAAGGCAUACUUCGCACAGCAGACGUCAGAGUAACGCAAAACAAUUAACAAUUAUGAAAAGAUAUAGUAGGGAUUGA